UAAAUAAGGUUACUUUAAACAAAAUGGCAGCGCCCUGUGAACCAAAAACGAGUUUUCAAAGGCGGGGGAAAUCCAAGAAUUUCUCUGUACGAGGAACUCGACCGUCCCUACACAAUGGACAGUUGCUUGUCUCUACUGGUGUUCCAUCACUCGAUCACUUACUGGGUGGGGGCCUAGCAGUUGGUUCAGUGCUAUUAAUAGAGGAGGACACAUUUGGAAGCUAUGCCAAUUUGCUGCUCCGCUACUUCUUAGCUGAAGGGGUAAUGUGUGGACAUGGAUUAAUGGUGGCAAGUGCAGAGGAGCAGCCAAAAAAGAUACUCAAGGCUUUGCCUCAUCCUGUAGAUGAUGAUAAAGAUAGAAAGACUUCUCAAGAAACAGAUGAAGAUAAGAUGAAGAUAGCAUGGAGGUAUCAACAUCUUCCUCAACAUCAGGUAUCUGAAUCUGCACAUCAGUUUGGUCACGGCUAUGAUCUAAACCGGGUUAUGGGUGAACCUAGACUAAGCUCUGUCAACACAACAUGCUUCCAUCUUCAAUCACAAAAUAUUCCUCUUCAAGAUAACAGUACGAAUCCAGCCUAUCUGAGAUUGUUCAGUGCUGUGGAGAAAGAGAUUACUGAUGGUGGUUAUAGUCUUACUGCCGAUGCUGCUAAAUCACAAGGUUUGACGAAUCGCAAUGUCCUGAGACUAGGAAUCUAUUCUCUAGCUUCACCUCUGUGGGAAGAGAACUCUGAUGAGCAUUCCAGUGUGUCUCUAUGUAGGUUCCUACACGCACUCAGAGGACUGUUAAGAGUCUCAUUGGCGGUCUGUGUUCUCACCAUCCCCACACACCUAUACCAGGAUGAGAGCAGAGUAAGGAGGAUAGAGAGAUUAUGUGAUGCAGCAUUCAAACUGGAAUCAUUUGCAGGGUCUGAAAAGGAGACUAAUCCUGCUUAUAAAGAGUAUCAUGGUUUAUUUCACAUACAUAGACUGCCGAGACUGAAUACUCUUGCUAGUUAUCUUCCUGACUCUAUGGAUCUAGCUUUUAAGCUCCGCAGGAAGAAACUUACCAUUGAGAAGCUUCAUCUUCCCCCAGACCUGUCAGAGACUGUAAGUAGAUCUCAAGAAGAUCCUGCUAAGAAAGCUGCUCGGAGUGCCUCCGCAUCAGCAUUCAACUGUGCAUCAUCACUGGCAGAGAGAAAACUAGACUUCUGAGAAAACACUCAUUAUUCAAUCUGAGCUGAUAAGAGAAAGAAAGCCCUCUAUUGUGUCUGGUGUGGAGGUGCGCGAAGAUGUUCAGAAGAAAACUCUGGAAGAUUUAGGAUGGAUAAUCAGGAAAAUAUAACAAUAUGUGAAAGGUUCUCAUCAGAAAAUGUAGGACAAACCAUCACAUUACAAUACAAGAGUGAGGAGUAUUUGCAACUCUGUGGAUUUUUUAUUUAAGUGUAUGUGCGCAGUGAAUGCUGUACAUUAUAUUGACACUGUGUUUCCAAGUCUUAAAACUUUUUGUUAAAGAUUGGUUCAAACUUCAUGAGCGUUCAUCCAUCUUGAUUUAUAUACAGUCAAGCGUAGAUUCUUUAGGUUGAGAAGAUUACAGUGAAUUGAAGGGCUGAAUUUAUAUGUAGUACAGUACCAACCUUUGCUGUUCAUGAUAUUUAACAACCCUACAGUUAGAAAAAAUAUUAAUUUUUUAAAAAUUAUUUUUUAGAAAAUGUCCAACCAGUUUUAAUGCACUCCUAUCUUCUCAGCCUAAAGUUGUAAAUGGUGUCAUUUUCCUGUUUGCAUGAUACAGUCAAACCUGUCUAUAGCGACCGCCCAAGGGAAACACAAAAAGUGGUCUUUGUAGACAGGUUCCUUUAAUUCAUGUUUCAAUGAGAAACCAUUUUCAAGGGAAACAAAAAAUGUGGUCUUUGUAGACAGGUGGUCACUAAAGCAGGUUUGACUAUCAAUAACAAGAUGGUAAGAACAGCAUCUUGAACACACCCCUGCCUAAGUUAUUUCAUAAUCACUACUAUCCACCAUGAAUGUUUUCAUUAAUCUACAGUGUUCCGAAAGAGAAAGAAAUGAAAAUGUUUACACACCAAGAUGGACAUUUAUAACUACAGCGUAUUUGGACAUUACCCGUAUUGUGCCAUGUUCUGACAUUGAAUACAGGCCUACCUUGAAGGCCACACCUUGCCAUCGUGGUGAUGAAGAUACAGUAGAUAGCGCGGUGUGGCAGGGUUAAGGCAAACCCAAGUUGGAUAGUUGUCGCCAUUGAUAUUGUAUAUGCAGAGUUAUAUCAACUCGGGGGGGGGGGGGGGGGAAUAGGAUUGGUAAGAAAG